AUGUCCUGCUGGCGCCUCGUCACCCGCUGGCUGGUGGACGGCCUGGGCUGGCGGCCACGCGCUGCUUGCGUCGGCCGCCAAUGGUGCUGUCGUGCGCGGCCUUCGGCAGCGCCUUUUCCCGCCCCUGCCCGGAACCGCGGCCACGCGAGCGCCGCCCACCACGGCCACGCGCCCGGCGAGCGCGGGAAGGUGAAGGCGUCGGCGUCGUCGUCGUCGCUGGAGGAGCUGCGCCUCAAGGCCGCCCCGGGGGCGACAGACGUGCGGCGCUCGCUGCGCGCGUCGGAGCGCGACCUCGCGGAGGAGGGGGCGGGCGCGGGGCUGCAGAGGCCGCUCAGCGUGGGCCACCUGGCGCCCGCGCGCUCCGCCCACGCGACGCGCCCGGCCCUCCGCGCCCCCGACCACUCGGCCGCGCGCCUGGCGCGCUCCCACCCGGCGCUCGCCGUCUCCCUGCCCCCGCACGCCGGCAACGUGGAGUCGCGGCUGGUUGGCGGCACGCCAGUCAUGACGCGCAAGGGUAGCGGCCUCAUGUACCGCAAGGACAUUCUCUACUCGGGCUCACUGCGCAACAUCCACCAC